AAAAAAGAAGAAGUUUGGGCCAUGUUGAAAGUUCAUCAGUCAUGUGGAUCCCAUCUGCUAUCAACGGCGCCAAUACAGUGUUCUUAUCGACCUUUACCUAAGCUCAGUCCACAGCAUAUGAUCAACUGGCGGGAAAAGCAAAGACCCAAAUGGCGGGAAGGAAUCAAAUUCUAAAACCUACGCUAUAAAUUCAGAAACCAAAAAUCUUCCCAGACCCAAAGUUCCUUUCUUCUGGCUUAAGAGACGAAAAAAAGAACUUUAAAACUCAGAAUACUUAAAAUUGUUAUUUUGUUAAAUUUGGGCUAAAAAUGGGAAAGAGAAAGAACUCUGGGGUUUCACGCGAUGAAGAAGAGGAAGUAGAGGUGGAAAAUCACUCGUCUUCAAAUGAAAAGAGCUUAUACGAGGUUCUCAAUGUUGCAAAGACGGCAUCUCAGCAGGAGAUUAAGAAAGCAUAUUAUAAGUUGGCCUUGAGACUACAUCCUGAUAAAAAUCCUGGUGAUGAGGAAGCUAAAGAGAAAUUUCAGCAAUUGCAAAAGGUGAUAUCCAUUCUCGGUGAUGAGGAGAAACGAGCUGUCUAUGACCAAACUGGUUGCGUCGGUGAUGCUGACCUUGCUGGAGAUGUUGUUGAGAAUUUGAAAACCUUUUUCAGGGCUAUGUAUAAAAAGGUCACUGAGGCUGAUAUUGAAGAGUUUGAAGUGAACUAUAGGGGAUCUGACUCAGAGAAGAAAGAUUUAUUUGAUCUUUAUAAGAAGUGCAAGGGCAAUAUGAAUAAGCUUUUCUGUUCAAUGCUUUGUUCAGAUCCUAAGCUUGAUUCACACCGUUUCAAGGAUUUGCUUGAUGAAGCAAUAGCUGCCGGGGAACUGAAAGAAACAAAAGCCUACAGGAAAUGGGCGAACAAAGUAUCUGAAAUGAAGCCACCGACCAGUCCAUUGAGAAGGAAGGAGAAGUCCGUUAAACAAUCAGAAUCAGAUCUACUUGCAAUUAUAUCUCAGCGCAGAAAUGAGAGGAAAGACCGGUUUGAUUCCAUGUUUUCAACAUUGGUGUCCAAGUACGGGGGUAAUGCAGAUUCUGAGCCUACUGAGGAAGAAUUUGAAGCUGCAAGGAGGAAAGUUGAAAGUCGAAAGGCCUCCAACAAAUCAAAGCACAAGUGACAUCAGGCCUUAUUCUAGUGUUGUUUCUGUUAAAACGAUGAAUAUGGCGAGAAUUAUGGAAAAUGCUAACUUGUCUUAAUUAUCUAAACAAACAUGGAAUGUUUCCUUGUGUUCUAGUUACAGUCAUUUGCAUUUGCCUUGGGUCAUCUACUUAGUAAUGAACAUGCCUGCUUUAACUAUACAACACAA